UUUCGAAUGUUGAUUUGACCGAUUUUGACAGUGAGAUCGCGGGAGAAAACACAAGCUAUAAUUUCGGGGGGAAAAGUGGGUGAAAAGUCCGUGAAAAGUGUGAAAUUCCAUCUAAUUUCAUUCCUCCCACAAGGAUAGACAAUCAAGGGUGACGAUGAAAGUGGAGAUGAUGGAGAAUAUGGAGUGCGAGGGUGGUAAAUUGGCUGAAAUGCGGGGCUUUGAGACUGACAAGCAGCGCGACAACAGCUUGAAUGGCGAACUUUCAAUCUCCUUUCCGGAGCAUCGUGCUGUGGUUUUCCCCAAAAAUCAGAGCUUCUCCUUCAUUUGCAAUGCCGACUCAGAGGAAGAGGCGGAUGUGAUCUUCCUGCACUCCAGUGUGGCCUCAACAGAUCAGUCAGAUGUGAUUUCCGAUCAGGAUAUUCGCUUCCAGAAUGAAAUGAUCGCCGCUGGCAGCCAAGUCAUUGCUCCUGAGAUGUCUCCGACUGAGAUUGUGGACGAUAGCUGUGUGGCGGUGUUCCAUGCGAUCUCCGGGGAGGCGCAAGAGCCGAAAGCCGAGGAGCUGACCUUCAACGGGAAGAUCCCGCAACAGACAACGUCGAUUCUCAUCAACGUGGACGAUUCGAUGAAUGACACUUCAACGACGGUUCUGGACUCUUCGCAGGCCAGUUUGCAGAUAGAUCUCACGGAAUCGGUGAAUUUGAACGACAGCCAGUGUGCUGAUGAGGCGGAUGAUUGCGAUGCCAGAUCGCCUGACAUCUUGGGCUUUGAUUCCGACGACGAGGCUGUGAUUAACACGACUGACGAGAAGAGCGGAUGCGAGCUGUCGUUCCUCAAUCAGUCAACCGACGAAGACACUCCGUCCAGGCGGGAGAGGAUGAUGCUGAAGCGCCUCCAGAACGCCCUUGCUGGCGUCCUGCCGCCGCCUUCCAUAACCAAGUCCUACCUCUCAGUCGAGACGAUACUCAGUAUAUUCGAGAAGAACGCGGCGGAAUCGAGUGGAAAGUGUCAGGAGAUUAACCGCCUCUCGGAGACCGUCAUGAAGCCCCUCAACACCGUCCAGGAAGCCAUAGAAUCCUCGUGGCCGCACGCUAGGAAUGUUUUCACUCAUGGAAUGCACUACAACAGGUCGAAAUACAGUGAGAAAAUCGAGAGCUUGACUGUUAAAUAUGCUGAGAGAUUCAUUGGGGCGGAGACGAGCUCGAGCUUUGUGAAAUUGAACUCUCCGUCCAGCUCGAAGAAGCGGUAUUUGAGGCAGAAGACACUGAAUCAAUCACCCGGACGGCGAUUGAGUCAUUUGGCGAAGCGCAAAGCUAUGUUCUCGUGUGCAAAUCUGCAGAAGACCAGCUUCUCCUCAUCCCAACAACGUCUGUCUCAAGCGUCCUCAAGUCGACAGAUAAUGCUGGAUCCGAGAGGUUCGAAGCGGAGUCGAUUGUCACGCGUGAAGACGCCGAAGAGAUGCUUGCCGGCGCAGCGGAAGACGCCCAAGUCGAAGCAGAAGGAGAAAGUGGAGGUGAAACCCGCGCUCACGCGAGAGACAUCGAAGAGAGCCUUGUUCCAGAGUCCUCCGCGACAAGAGGACGUUCGUCCGGCUGUGACGCCAGAAGUGGCUCAGCGCGUGGAUCGCUCCAGGCGGGCGCUCUUCUCCUCGCCCAAGAUCUCUCGCUACUCCUCCUUCUCUCAGCACAGUUCCAGCAGUGUGUCGAAUCUGUCCCAGGGCGCUUCCCUGUCGAAUCUCACCAUCGCCGCGCUGGCGAACAGGGAGAACAUGGCGGAGGAGUUCAACGGGAAGCGCAAGAGAGGUCCUCUGGAGGACGACGAUGAGGGAACGCGCAAGUUGGCACGAUUGGAUGGCAGCUUUGGGCGAAGUCAGAGCUUCACGGCGGAAUAUGUGGCGCGCCAGAAUGCCAUGCUGGCCACGAAGAGUUCCCUGUGCAAGACCACAUCGGAUGUGUGCCUCAGCGGUCGAACGUCAUCUAGUCACGCGUAUCUCACGGAUCUGGAGAAGCAGAAACUCCUCUAUAUUGUCUCGCAGACGCUGCAGCGGAAGCAGAUUUCUGGACAGCACGAUCACUUCAAGGAGUACGCCACGGUGAUGGCGAAGGCAGUGAAGAGGCUCUUUCUGGAGACCAAUCGAAAGACUUUUGGCAGCGUCAGUGAGCAAAUGUCGAAGAUCGCCAACAAUAUUCUCUUUGAUGUCCUCCAGGGCAAAACCGUGGAGGAGAUUUAUGCGAGUGAGCGCAGGAAGAAGGAGCUGAUGAGGAGCUAUCUCAGGCCGAAUGGCUAUGUGUCCUUGGAGAGCUACAGAAGUGGCAUGCACAGAUCGUCGUCGUCGCUCCUGUCGGAGAACUCGAGUCAGUCGACAUCGCUGCGCUUCAGUCAGUCGGAGAAUGCAAGUCAGGGUACUCAGGGAUCCUUCUUCUGUGGCAUGAUCGAUACGGGCAGUAUCCUGAGGGAGAAUGUGGACAGUGGCGAGAGGCAACGAUCGGCACAGAAGGGACUGUUUUCCGGCAAGGAUCAGAAGAACGUGAGUCCGCACAUUUCGAGUCAUAAGAAGCAGAAACUCGUGGGCGGGAAGAAUUUGACGAAUCUGUUGAAGGCGAAAAGACAAAUAUCCUUUGAUACGUGACAAAGAUUUUCAUGAAUUCUUAGAACUAUUUUAUUGAAUGCUUGGGUGUUUUAUUACACAGAAUUUUUUUUUUAAUAAUUGGCAUUAAUCUAACGUAAGAAUCCUAAACGCAAAACUGUAAUUCGAGAAGAGUAAGAGAUUUAAUAAUUGGAAUAAAUUUUGAAGUCUUUCAUAUGAAAA